AUUCACUACAAAUGAAUAUUUCAUUGUGACUGGUUGAAGUGAUGGAGACAGAAAAAUCACAUUAGGUUUGCUGCAGAACCAGAAGACUGUAGACAUUCUGAAUACUGAACACAUACGUUCAACUGCACUGUUUGUGUAAAUACUGAAUUUGGUUGUCUGUUCUUCAGAAUUCGAUCAUCCAUGGAGGAAAAUGCCUUGGGGAGAAAAGGACAAAAUUGAACAGAAACUGAGGACAUUCAAGCCCAAGAGAACAAGUGCUCGGUUUGUCAGGAUUCUGGUUGUUGGUGAAGUCGGAGCAGGAAAGUCCAGUUUUAUAAACUCAGUCAAUAAUGCUUUCCAAGGACGAAUCACCUCUGGGGCUCUUGUUGACAGGACAGGAGGUACCAGUUUCACAAAGAAUUACAAAACUCAUUAUAUUGAAGCAGAAGAUGGCUCCAGUUUGCCUUUUGUCUUUAAUGAUAUCAUGGGACUUGAGAACAGAAAGUCUGGUGCAAAAGCUGAGGACACAGAGUCUGGUGCAAAAGCUGAGGACACAGAGUCUGGUGCAAAAGCUGAGGACACAGAGUCUGGUGCAAAAGCUGAGGACAGAGAGUCUGGUGCAAAAGCAGACGACAUCAUCAGAGCCAUAAACGGGUUACUUCAGGAAGGACACAAUUUUGAGGCAUGUGUGACUGACAUUAACUACAGAAGCAACCCAAGUGUCGAGGAUCAAACCACAUGCCUGGUCAACAUUAUUGCUGCAGACAAAAUAUCAAUGAUGAAUGAUGGGGUCAUUGAUAAGCUGAAAAAAAUCCGUCAGGCUGCUACCAAACGGGAUAUGCCUCAGGUAAUCAUCAUGACAAGACCAGAUGUAGCAUGUCCACUGGUUCAACAGGACUUAAGGAAGAUCUACACCAGCAAGAAGAUCAAAGAGAAGAUGGAAGUGUGUAGUAAUAUGGUGGGGAUUCCUAUGAAUAACAUUUUCCCUGUGAAGAACUACCAUGAGGAGAUAGACACAGAUGAUGACAUGGAUCUUCUGAUUCUCAAGGCACUUGAUCAGAUUGUGCACAAUGCUAGUGACUCGUUGAAGGAAAAUUCAUUUAAAUGUGGUGAAAAAACUGAGUAGGGACUCAGAUCACAAUGCCUCUGUGUAUUAAUGUAACCCAAAGUGAUUUACACAGCAUUUAAAAAACACAGUAGGAGACACGAUUACUGCUGAUUGGAGAAGAGAACCAAGUAUGUAUUGCUACAAUAAGUGUUAUGCUGUUUUCAGUAUUUAUGGAGCACAUUCGAUUAUUUUACUUUAGUUACAGUUACUGAUUUAAUCAACCCUAAAAUGUAAGUGAGGAAUUCUAUGUAAAUGUUAAUCUUAUUAAUAAAAAAUUAAGCUCUUAGAUAAAGAACAAAA